GAGUUUGCUUCAGAUCAGCUGUGCGUCGUAUUGAAGCAGACAAUGGCAAAAACACAUCACAGUAAAACUGACAAAUCCAUUCUUAAACACUAUAUGGAAUUGGAGACAAAGGAUGAGAAAGUUCAAGUUAUGUAUGUUUGGAUCGAUGGAACUGGCGAGGGUCUUCGCUGUAAAACCCGAACAAUGGACAAAGAACCUAAAGAUCCAGAAGAAUGUCCACUUUGGAAUUUUGACGGUUCAUCCACCGGUCAAGCUGAGGGAUCGAACAGCGAUGUUUUCUUAAAACCAGUUAGAUUAUUUAAUGAUCCAUUUCGAAGGGGUAAAAACAAGCUUUUGCUAUGUGAAACCCUAAAAUAUAACUAUCAACCUGCUGAUACCAACCUAAGAAGUACAUGCAAGGAAGCAAUGGACAGAGCUCAUGAUAGCUACCCAUGGUUUGGAAUUGAACAAGAAUAUACAUUGCUAGAUAUUGAUAAUCAUCCAUUCGGAUGGCCGAAAGGAGGUUUUCCAGGCCCUCAAGGUCCAUAUUAUUGUGGCGUGGGAACAAACAGGGUUUUUGGACGAGAUAUCGUUGAAGCUCAUUACAGAGCAUGCCUAUACGCUGGAAUCAAGAUUGCUGGUACAAAUGCCGAAGUUAUGCCCGCCCAAUGGGAGUUUCAAGUCGGACCAUGUGAAGGUAUCGAAAUGGGAGAUCAUUUGUGGAUGGCCCGUUUCUUACUUCACAGAGUAGCCGAAGAUUUCGGAGUAGUUGCUUCAUUUGACCCAAAACCCAUGCCAGGCGAUUGGAACGGAGCUGGUGCCCACUGUAACUACAGUACCAUCCAAAUGAGAGAAGAUGGUGGUCUAAAAGUUAUCGAGAAGGCAAUUGACAGGAUGUCAAAGAAGCAUAAGGAGCAUAUUGAAGCGUACGAUCCUCACCAGGGUAAAGAUAAUGAAAGAAGAUUAACAGGUUUACACGAAACAAGUUCAAUCCACGACUUUUCUGCUGGUAUAGCAAAUCGCGGCUGUUCAAUUAGAAUACCAAGACAAGUUGGAGAAGAUAAAAAGGGCUAUUUGGAAGAUAGACGACCAAGUUCUAACUGUGAUCCUUACGCAGUUACCGAAAGAAUCGUUAGAACAACGGUUCUUGACGAAUAG